AUAUCUAUUUCACAGAGUCACGUAUUUUAAGUGUUUUCGUGUAUUUUCCCUGGUAUUGUAAUAUGCUGUUACAAUAUCAUGUUGUACUACACAUUUAUAAUGCUUCAGUUCAAGAAAUGGCUGGAAACUGGAUUGACAGUCUGAUAUAAUUACACUUUUUUUUAACAAAUUCAAUGAUAAACACUCAUUGUAUUAUAGAAAUUUUGACUGGUAACCUUUGAAUGACUAUAAUCUUUGCAGAGUGUACACCAUUCCAGGGUAAAUGCUACUCCGUGUCAGAAACCCCCGGAUCAUAUGACCAGGCCAAGCAGGAGUGUAACGACAGGGGCGGGAUUCUGGCGGUCAUCAAGGACCAGAUGACCCAAGACUUCCUCCUGCAGCUCCUGUCAGUAGACAACAAAGACGCCUGGAUUGGACUGGCCGAUGAGCAGGACACUGGACAGUGGCAGUGGAGUGAUGGAACUACCCUUGACAGUAACGCCUACACUUCUUGGGCCAAUGACGAGCCCAACGGUAAUGGAAACUGUAUCCACCUCUGGCCACCUGUCGGAUUCCACUGGGAUGACAUGGGAUGUUCCAGCACCACCUACCACAUCUGCCAGUUCACUUUCUAGCCUGGCAUGUUGCAACACCGACCAAUUGAACAUUUUGAGAGGCAGUACAAUCGUGCUUUGAAUAGCACUAAAAUGUUGAAGAAAUAUAUCAUUUUUACACAUCAAUCUUAUAAUCAUAUUUUGCAAGUCAUUAUUAGUGACUCAUAAUGACGAACAUCUACUUCUUCAGUGUGUUAGCGUUCACACUAUUUACAAUAAUCAUUAUGUAUGUUGAUAGCCCUGAAUUAUUGAGGCAUAGGUGAAAAGAAUUGUUGUGUUUCCAGUUACUCAACCAACUCUAACAAAAUGUUUCAAGCCUAGCUCUUUUGGGGGGUAGUUUGCGGGCAAAAGAAGUCUGACACGUGAGUUAUGAAAACAUUGUAGAGUUUUCUAACAAGCUCUCAUGUCUGUUUCCCGUAAUUGAAAAGUGAUACAAACAGAUCUAUCAUUCCAAGGUUUAUAUGGGCACCUAGUUUAUGUAGAUGGCCGAGAUCUACAAAGGAAAGAGAGAAUUCGUUCCUGCCUACCCUUAAUCGGAAACACAACUUCUUUUCGAGGCCUAAGCACAUUCUUCACAAAAUUAAGAAAUGUCUAUUUUGUUCUUGUGUUUUUGUGAUGUAAUUGUUAAUCAAAUUUCAGAACACACCGUGGAUUAUAUUUGGAUACAGUAAUGUCAUAUAGAAGUUGUUUCGCCUCUGCUUUGCAAUAAACUAGCUUAUGAGCUUG